AUGGAGUCUGAUAUUAUCAACUGGAGUAACAAAGAGGUGUUAGAUUUAUUACACAAAGAGAAAAUAUCUAGUUUUCUAACAGAUAUCUUUAAAUCCCAAGAUAUCGACGGUCAGUGUCUUCUUUCCUUUGUUGAUCGAGACUUUUAUGAUUUUCCAUUUGAUCAAUUAAAGUUAGGUGAACGGAAGAGAUUCAUUUUAUUAGUGAAAAAACUGCAGAAACACAACCGUAAUGCGAUGUUCGAGCUUGGACUUUGUGAUGAUGCUCAGAGUAAUCCUUCGACAAAUAUAAACUUUCUUGGAACUAAUUUGUCCCAUUUGAGUUACAAUCUUCAUAAAAAAAUACCCAGUGAAAUAUAUACAAGAAGUUCGGAAUGUGUAUCAACCUACACACCAGAAGUUAAGGCCUCGAGGCUGAAACCCGAGAUAUGGAAGACUGCAAUAGCCCUAGGCUAUCUCUUCUUGGUAACGUGGGUGACAGCUGUUGUGAUGGUGAUUGUGCAUGACAAGGUGCCUGACAUGAAGAAGUACCCUCCGCUACCAGAUUUGUUUUUAGACAACGUGCCACACAUCCCUUGGGCCUUUGACAUGUGUGAAAUUACUGGAUCCUUCCUAAUGGCCAUCUGGCUUGUUGUACUGUUCUUCCAUAAGCAUAGGUUUAUAAUUCUUCGGAGGUUUUUCGCGCUUGCGGGUACGGUGUUCCUCCUCCGGUGUUUCACGAUGCUGAUCACAUCGUUGUCAGUGCCGGGCUCGCAUUUAAAGUGCGAGCCGCGGUCGUAUCCGCCAGCCGACGACUUGACGGUUUGGGGUCGACGGUUGAAGCAGGCCUACGACAUAUGGAGCGGCGCCGGCAUGUCUGUGCGCGGAGUACGCACGUGUGGCGACUACAUGUUCUCAGGACACACUGUCGCUCUUACGCUGCUCAAUUUCUUCAUAACUGAGUACACACCACGCAACCUAUAUCUUCUCCAUAUCUCAACGUGGGUGAUGAAUAUGUUCGGUAUAUUCUUUAUACUGGCCGCGCACGAGCAUUACUCCAUCGACGUGUUCAUCGCGUUCUACAUUACUUCCCGACUCUUCCUCUACUACCACACGCUCUCCAACAAUCAAGCUCUCAUGCAGAAUGACUCUUCCAGAACCAGAAUAUGGUUUCCACUCCUGUCGUUUUUUGAAUCUGAAGUCGAUGGAAUCGUACCGAACGAGUACGAGGGUCCUUUGACAAUUAUAAAUAAUUUAAGACUAUGGUUCGUGCAGUUGAUUACAGAUGUCAAAGAAUCUUCUAUAGCCAAAACUGCUGGCACAAAGCUCCAAGAAGGCGCUGCUAUGGGAGAAUAUUCUGUGGUGAAGCUCGUCGACGGCAUCAAAAGAAACCUUAGCUUAGUCGAAGAAUACAAGACCGCGCGAAGCCAAAGAUUAGUCACUUUUGACAAAAACAUACAAGCUGGCUUAUUAGACGAGUGCCCAGACGUCGAGCUGCGACGCAGAAACUUGGCGGAAUUUCCCGGCGAGUCACUACUCAGAGAAUUCAGCAAUCCUCCCUCUCCGGUUAUGAAAAAAAGUAUAUGA